AUGGCUAAAUCGUUGGCUGGCGGGCUCUUGCCGCUAGGCCCUCGAACUGGCUCUAACACCGCCGUAUCUAGCAGUACUCUCACCGGUGGCCUUAUUCCGCUUGGAAACAAGAGCCGACCAAGCGUUGGCCGAGACGACCAAGAAGAGGGCGGUUGGGGUGUGGUCGGUAGCCGCUGGAGCGGUAAGGAGGACGAUUCGGGACUGGAAGAGGAGAGGCUAGGGAGCGAAGCACACCCCGACAAGAAGGGAAAAAAGCUGUCCUCGAGCAGAAAAAAGCGUGGCGGUAAGGACAAAAGCGACCGUGCUGGGCACCAAACAUCCAAGAGCAGCGUAAGACGGCGGCGAGGAUCGAAGGAAUCAUCGAAUGACGCCCGUGACAACGACUCCGACGCCAGCCCCAGCAUCUCCGGAUUAGAAUCACGACGCAACAGCAGUAAGGAGGGCUGGGAGAGCGGUAGCACGCUCUCGAACUUAAACCCCGUCGCCGCUGUCGAUGUCGAAGAGCCGGAAGAUGACAGCUACCUGUUCUUGGGGGCUACGGCGGGUGCCAAAGGAAAAAAGAGCUCCAGGGAAAGUGCACAGGAAGAGGCGUUGAACUACGACUCCACCGACUCCUUCGGCCUGCCCAAGAAAAAGACAAGCAAGGGACGCUCGAAAUACACGGCCCCGAAGCCCGGGAAUACAGGAAGCGAGUCUCGCACAACCAUAGGAAGCAGCAGCCCUCACACGGGUGGUCCAUCGACCACGCCCAAUGCUGCCGGUAGGGGAGGGAGUCAACAAGACGAUGGAAACCUCUCCUUUCUUGGGGGUAGACAAGUUCAGCCGUCAUCUUCUGGUGGGCUUGCGCUCGACACAGCAGUAGGUGCUCUAGGUGGAGAUAUGCCGCUGAGCACCGCCGCUGUGACGGCUCCAGCAGGAGGGGGGAGAGGAGCCAGCAGGGUGCCACCGGACGAAGAACCAGCGGUAACGACAGGAACAGGGAUCGACCUUGACGAAGACUUCGACAGCCCUGAUGAAAUGGACGCGCUUCUCGAGAUGACAGACCCGUCCACGCUGAUGCCGGAACCCAGCGGGGCGUCAGCGUCAGCAACGGGACCCAUGCCGCCGCUGCUACCACAUGGAGGGUCGACGAGCCCGGGGAGACAAGACGGGAAAAAACCGCCACACAACCAGCUGGACACUUCUGCUGCGACCCCUCCACCUGCCUCAUCGGUAAGCACGUCGAAACGGAGGUCGCCUUCACCGCCGUCCAGUCCUCGAAAAGGCCGCUCAGACGUUAUGACGGAUAGCCGCAGCCGCCAGCCACUUCCCUCCCGCCCAGGUCGGGGCUUGACCUACAGCGGGAGUCGAGACGGUUUGUCGUACGGUAAGGCGUCCGAAGAGGGUAUGGGCGGUGAGUCGAGGAAGGUAGAGGGAAGGGCUUUGCAGGACUCUCAUUCCGGCGGCGUGGAUCCAAGGGUGACAAACGCCGUCGCGGACGGGACGCGAAACAACGCUGCACUUGCGACGACGAGGUCACCGACACGAGCGUUGUUGUCACGUGCAAGCACCGAUGGCGAGCAAAGCAGAACGGAGGAAGAUGGCAUUAACGGUGGAGCGGGCAAUGAAGGGGAAGAAACAGGCUCGCGAGUGCACGGGUCGGCUCCAGAAGCAUCGGCGUCGGUGGCUGGUGCCAGGACCAUGGUUGGAGACUCUGCGGGCAGUCUUGGAAGCGUAGGCGGUGCUAGUGACGCGCGGCGGCAGUUGACCUCAAGCGGACCAGGGAUCGUGAAAAAAAAUGGCGACCAAGUCCCAAGACGGAGUGCGUUGGCCGGGGCAGACAAGCCUACGGCACAGUCGCGAAAGCCGAAGUCGCGGGGAGUAACCUUUGACGACGAUCUCGUCGGCGUCGAUGCCCUGGACAUCCUCCCAGGUAGUAGCAGCGACGAAGGAGAAAAGCUUGGUGGCGGGACUCCGCCCACUGAAGACUUGCUCGAAAAGAAAGGGUUGCCGCAAUCUUCGCUCAACCUUGUUCCCACGAAGUCCCCUGUCCCUGUCGAGACAGCCGCGGAAACCGUCGCUGAGGGUAACGGCAAUGGUGGGGGCAUUCGUGAACCAGAGCAUCGUACAUCGGAGCCGUGGUCCACUGCUGUGGCUUCUUCGGGAAUAAGCAGGCGACCCUCAACUUCCAUUACGGAAGGGCUUUCCCCUGCCACAGCUCUCUUGAUGGCAGACUCCUCGAGCGAGGACAACAACAGCGCGAUAGCAGCUGGCGCAGCCACCACCAAAUCACGUCCGGGGUCGGAGCACCCCGAUCGAUCCUCGUUCGCGGUACCGAGACUAGACCUAGGAAAGGCGGAAGUGGACAAGAAGGUGGAAUGGUCUGCAGGCCUUCUCGGUGUAGGACCGACAGACGGCGGCAUCGGAGAAGACGAAACCAUCGACGACGCUAAGCUGGAUUUGGCGCUGGGGUUCACGCCGUCCGCGAUGGAGGGCAGCCGCAAGCCACGGCGUACGCUGCCGGCCGGUCGCAGGAGACGGUCCCGCCGGGGCGAGUCGUCGACGGUAGCAGACGGGGAAAUGGAACAUGCCGGCGUUUCGAUUGCCAACACAAGCCUAGCAUCGAUGCCAUCCACAGCCAGCCCAUUGGCGACAGCGAUGCUGGCGGAAACAACUUUCGAACGUACAACGCUCAGUGUUGGGAGAGCGGAUGAUGCAGGAUCGGGAGUGGCGGGGACAGGAGAGCGUGCCGGGGAUAACGGAAGCUCUCGCUCGACCCUUGCGCCCGGCGUGUCGCCAACCCUCCCCGCCGCCGUUCGCGAGCCCACGAAGUCAUCCACAGGUGCAACCGCGUUUGGUAUAACACCUGUGACGGCCGCUGCUACCAAAGGUACUGGUACCGAAUCAACCCCAUCGUCAGCGGAACGCGUGCCUUCGGCAGCGCUACCUGGAAGCGAGAGCGACAGGGCAUUGGACACACGUGCGCUCAUCGACAGUCGUGGUACUCUCGGCCCCUUAGAUCAUGGGUCAAAGAACGGCAGCAGCAACAGGGAUCUCCUCAGCGGUGUUGCUGCUGCUUCUUCUUCGAGGAGCGAGAACAGCGCCGAAUCGAGAGGCGUGGAUGUCUCGGUGCUCGCUUCCCUCGAGCGGCAGCUGGUGCUGCUUGCGAGCGAAAAGGAGGCCGUAGCAACAAAGGUAGCACGAGAUGAGCAGAGACUCCAGAGAGAUGCAGAUUUGGCGCGGGAUGCUACGGCAGCGGCGCAGGCUCGAGCGUUUGAGUCGGAGGCAGCUCUAGCUGCGGCCAGGGCACGUAUCAGUCAGCUGGAAGCGGAGGCGGCCGAACACACGGUUCGACUGGCAGCGGUGGAGUCUCGAAGUGCAAGGGACUUGAGAGCGGAGCAAGAGUCAUGCCUCAAGAAGAUAUCCGAUGCGGAGGCUCGGCGCCAGGAAGACCUCUGCAAAGCAGAACGUCGGCAAGAGGAGGCGCUGUCCGAGUUGAAGCGGCUGCACAGGGAGGAGCUCGAGGACACGAGGCGAAGAAAUUCUGACUCCAAGACCCUCGAGACAUUGGCUGAACAGGUCCAAGCGAGCGCGGGGGCAGUGAAACUCCUCCGGUCCGAAAUGAUUGAGCGCAAGAACGUGUCUGAAGUGUCUCGGGAAGGGCACAUGGACGCCAGAGAGAGGCUCAUCAAAGAGCUAGAGCAGUCCGCCAGACGCGCGCAGCAGACGGCCGAAGACGAGGUGCAGCGUCUUCAGGGUACCCUCAUGGCCAUGGACCAGGUGAUGAGCGCACUUCGAGGCCAGAAUGCCGGAGAGAGGGAAAGGCUAAGGCAGGAGCACUUGAGAAUGGAGGCCCUCCAGGGUGCCAUGGUUGCGGAGGUCGAGAGCGUUCGGAAGAGCGUCGAAGAGGAACGGCAACGGCUGGCGCGGGUCAAGCUGGAAACGGAUCGUGAGAGUUUCGCGGCUUUGCAGAUUUCGGCAUCAAAGGCGGCGGAGGAGAUGGCCCGGCAGCAUGCCGACGAAGAGGGAAGGCUCAACCUCGCAAGACAGAGCCUGGAGAAAGAAGCGUCAUCAUUCGAGGCCAGGCUGUCUUGUGCUAGAGCGGAUCUGCACAAGGCGGACCACGUGCGCGAAACACUUGACCGGUUGAGAGACCAAGACGAGGUGGAGCGCAGGCGCUUGAAAGCUGUAGCGAGAGAGCUCGAACGUGCCUUCGAGGAGGUUCGAGCGAAAACGGACGAGAGCAUCGAGCGCCAGCGAGAGGCGGAAGCCAUGAAGAUGGGAGCCCUGGCCGCAUCCAAGACUGCAGCAGAGGAGAGGGAAGCGGCGCAACUACGAUAUAUUCGGACCGAGGAGGCUGCUCGUCGGCUAGAGGCGGAACGCUCUAGCAUCGCGCAGGCGAGAGCUCAGUCCGCCACGGAAUUGUCAACGUCGCGAAGACUAAAGGCUGAGCUGUCCAGAGCAUUCGCCAUCCAGCAGAGACAACAAGCAAAAGGGAAAAGUGCAGCAGCAGCCGACAUCGCGCUUUCGCAUCGCAACAUGUCUCCAGGAGAGCAAGCUGGUAGCGGCAGAGGCGGCGGCGGCGGCGAUACCGGUGGGGGAGGGUCGGUGGUUGCCAAGAUGCCGGGUCUACCGACGGAGGCAACCUUAGGGCUAGCAGGCAACCCUACCUCUACGGGAGGAAUCGGUCUCCCCUUCACCGGAAUCGCGGCGGCAGAGGCGACCCUGCAGGCCAUCUCCUCGGCCCCUCCCUUCCCGGGGCUAGACAUGGGGCGAGAAUUAGGGAGGCUCGCGCGGAGAGCUGCAGACAUACGCGAGUGCACGAGAGAACAGAGCGUUUUCCUCAUGUCCAGCCGUGCAGCGAGAUUCAGCCCAGCGCCCCUCACGGUGUCUGAUAACCCACAAGAAUCGAAAAUCGCAAGUGACAUGGGUGGUCUGGAAGGGCCCGGACGUUUCCCAGGAGCCCAAGCUUUUCUCAGCAGCACACGUCGGGGUAGUGGUAGUAGCGUCGAAAUCGACGCCAUGAUAGGGCAGCAGGUUGUGGGCGGGAUCAGUGGGACGGAACGUCACGACCUCGGCGCGCUGGGCAUUGGUUUGUCCAGCGCGGUCUUGGAGGAGUUGGACAACAUCGAGAGGGCGUGUUCGCAACGAUCGUCGGCAUUGAAGGAGGAAGAGCAAUUUCUCGAGACCUUAGGACAGACCGAAAGCCCAGUGUCUGCUUGA